CACAGGCAGGCCAGCAAAUGUGAGUUAACUCUCUUCCUAACAUUGGCGUACCUGGACAAGGACUGGUGUGUGGGUGUGUACGCUGGAGCAAAAAGGAUCAAGUCCCAGCACUCCCACUGACACUCAGCCAGAGUCUCAGAGUCGCUCGUAUCUCUCCUGCAGACACACACUCUCCACUGAGUGCAAGAGCAAACAAGUAAAUAAUUGACUGUGCUGCACCUUACAAGGAGAGACGCGAGAAAACACAGAGAGAAGAACUGCAACUUUUCUUUUUCUUUUUCUUUUUGGAGGCGACUUUGAACUUGGACUCUGGGGCAGAGAUUUUAUUUAACCCAGGUGGAUACUUGGCAGAAGAGGAAAUACUUUUCUUUCUUCCACACCGUCAAACUUUUGGACUUGGACUGUGAGCCGACGCUCCUGGGAGGGGCGAGAUGGGGAGCUGGUCGUUACGUUUCUUGGCAGGACUCGGCCUGCUAGCCGUCCUGCUGACCUGCUGCUCCUCUGAAGUGAACUCCUGCCUGACGGCCCGGUCCGGUACCUGCUCAGACUGUCUGCAGGCCGGGGUGGGAUGUGCAUACUGCAGCGAAGAGGACUUUGGCUUUCCUCGCUGUGACCUGCAUGAGAAAAUCCUCGCUCACGGCUGCAACGCUGCAUACGUCAUCAAAGCUACCAGCAAGCAGACCAUAGUGCAAAACGAAGCCAUUAAUAUGAACCUUCAGCGGUCUCAGGUGUCGCCACAGGAAGUGAGGAUGACCUUUCUGCCUGGAGAGACCAGAGAGCUGGACGUGAAUGUGUUUGCUCCAACCAAAGGCCCUUUGGAUCUUUACAUUCUCAUGGACUUCUCAAACUCAAUGAAGGACGAUUUGGACAACUUGAAGAAAAUGGGCAACAAGCUGGCCACGGUGGUGCAAGAAAUUUCAAGUGACUACACCAUUGGGUUUGGAAAAUUUGUGGACAAAGUAAUUGAGCCCCAGACUGACAUGAGACCUGACAAGCUCAAACAGCCGUGGCCCGACAGCGACUCUCCAUUCUCCUUCAAAAACGUCAUCCCACUGAUCAAGGAUGUAAACAGCUUCACAGCAAAGCUCCAAAAGGAGAGGAUAUCUGGCAACCUGGACGCCCCCGAAGGAGGAUUUGAUGCCAUUCUGCAGGCAGCAGUGUGUAAGAAGGAGAUCGGCUGGCGCGAAGGCAGCACUCACCUCUUGGUUUUCUCCACCGAGUCAGCCUUUCACUACGAGGCUGACGGCGCCAACGUGCUGGCGGGAAUCCUGCCGCGCAACGACGAGGCUUGUCACCUGGACGAAAACGGUGUUUACAUUCAGGCUACAAAGCAGGAUUACCCUUCGAUACCUACGCUGGUCCGUGUGCUGGGAAAUCACAACAUCAUCCCCAUAUUCGCCGUCACCAACCACUCCUACAUGUACUACCUUAAACUGAAAGAAUAUUUCCCCAUUGCUGAGAUCGGUGUACUUCAAGAGGAUUCAUCCAACAUCUUGGAGAUCAUGCGGGAUGCCUUUGUGAGCAUCCAGUCUAAGAUGAGCAUCCGUGCGGAGAACAGACCAAAGGCUUUUGGAGCUCAGUUUCUGGACUCGAGCAAUAAAGAAGUCCGUUAUGGAGCCUUUAACUUCAAGCCUGGAGAAAUUGGUAAGUUCAAGGUAAAACUUACAGCCCAACAAAAGCACGGUGAACAACCUGUCUGCAAAGUGGAUCCAGGAGACAAGGAAGGUACAAUCAAAGUAAAACCGACGACCUUCGACUCUGCUGUCAAUGUGAAAGCCUCCAUUCUGUGUGAAACCUGUGACUGUGAGAAGACACCCACUCUAAAAGCUAAAAGAUGCAACGGCAAAGGAAACCUGGUGUGUGGAAAGUGUCUCUGUGACGAUGGCUGGGCGGGCGCCUUCUGCAACUGCUCAAAAACCUCAGGCUCGACCAAGGACCAGUGCAUUGGGCCCGGCAUGACAGAGUCCUGCUCGGGCCGUGGAGACUGUCAGGCAUGUGGGACCUGCGUGUGCUACAAUCCGGACCAGUACGAAGGACCCUACUGCCAGUAUGACAAGACCCAGUGUCAACGAGUCGCAGGCAUCCUUUGCAACGAUCGCGGUUCCUGCGUGAUGGGUCGCUGUGCUUGUUCAGAGGGCUGGAAGGGAAAUGCCUGCGAGUGCUCCAAAAGCAACGAGACCUGCCUGGACAACAAAGGGAAAAUUUGCGGUGGACGAGGCAAAUGCGUUUGCGGCAGCUGCCAGUGCCCAGACACCGGCAGCGGGAUUGCGUUGUCUCCGACCUGUGAGCCAAACUUCGAGUUCUUACGGGGUGUAUGCGAGGAAACAAGGAAGUGCGUCCAAUGUAAAGCAUGGAAGACAGGCGAAAAGAAGGACGAAGCAAAGUGCAAAGACUGUCUCGUUGAAGUUAUCAUGGUGGAUGAGCUGAAAGAACGGGAGGAAGUCCUUGACUCUUGCAGAUUUGUUGAUGAGGACAACGACUGUACAUACGAGUACACUGUUGAAACCAGUAAAGAUCCAACAAACACUAAGCUGCUGGCUGAGGUGCUCAAAAAGAGAGACUGUCCAGCAGCCAGUCUGCUGUGGCUGCUGCCGCUCAUCCUGUUCCUCCUGUUGCUGCUGGCACUGCUGCUGCUCUGCUGCUGGAAGUACUGUGCCUGCUGCGCAUCCUGCUGGCAGAACUGUCUUGCCUUGUUGCCGUGCUGCAGGGGAGGUCGCAUGGUUGGCUUUAAGGAAGACGAGUAUUUGCUCCAUCAGUCUCAGCUGACCUCAAAUCACUUGAACACGCCGAUGGUGAGGACCGGUCCACCGAAAGGAACCGACGUGGUUCGCUGGAAGGUCAAAGAUAAUGUGCACCGUGUGCCCAGUCACCCGCGGGAGCUGAUGCAACCAAAUCCGGAUGAAAUGAUCCAGUUCCCGAUCUCCCUCCGACUAAACAGGUUGUUCUCUGAGAACCUGUCUCGCCCCGAAUCAAAAGACGCUGAGCAACUCCGUCAGGAAGUGGCUGACAACUUGAACGAGGUGUACAAGCAGAUUCCUGAGGCACAGAAAGUGCAACAAACUUUAUUCAGACUGCAGAAAAAUGCUGGAAAAAGGGGGAACUACACCAUCAUGGACACUGUGCUGUCAGCUCCCCGCAGAGCCUACCCAGACAUAGUGAAACUUACCGAGAAGAACGUCCAGUCCGGAAACUUUGGGGACCUUAAAGUGGUCCCAGGCUACUACACUGUGGCCACAGACAGAGAGGCUGCGGGAGCCGUGGAGUUCCAGGAGGAUGUGGAGAUGGUGGACGUUCACGUGCCGCUGUUCGUCAAGGACGACGACGAUGACAAGAAGCAGUUGAAAGUGGAGGCCAGGGAUGUGCCGCUGGGCAUUGCAACGAUUGCGAAGCGUUUCGUUAACAUAACCAUCAUCAAAGAGCACGCUACAAGCAUCUUCUCCUUCCUCCAACCGAAAUACACGUACAGCAGAAAGGAUGGUGUGGCACACAUCCCCAUCAGCCGAGAGAUCAUCGAGGAUGGACGCACACAGGUCACCUACAACACUCAAGAUCUCUCUGCCAAGAAUAAGAAGGACUACAUGAGUGUACAAGGAGACUUGUCCUACGCUCCGGGUGAGACUGAAAAGAUCGUUCCUGUCCGUUUGCUGGAGCUGAGUGAGAAAGAUGGCUUCUUGGAAGACAAACCCAUCAAGCAGUUUGUUAUGGACCUCAGUAACCCACGCCAGGGUGCCAAGCUGGGACGAUACCCAAGAACCACGGUCACCAUCGCAGACACACAAGAACCGAGUGUGAUGAUGUUCAAGAAAGGUAACCAGAACUUCAGCACCUUAGAUCAGACCUACCCCAUCCCAGUGGUGCGCUCCCGCAACGAAGACAGCCCUGCCACGGUCAAGUGGCGCACCAAGAAGUCUCAGCGUUUUGAUCUUUCUGGUUCUCUGAAGUUCGCUCCGGGAGAAACGGAGAAGAAUAUAGUGAUCGAACCUUUCCCUGGCUCAGUCCAGCCAGAAACCUUCCAGCUGGAGCUGUACGAUCCCAGCACCAAUGCCGUUGUUGGUGAAAGGAAGAACACCGUUGUGAAUAUCACAGAAGAACCAAGAUCUCCAGAAAUUGCUCAGAUGCAGUCGAAGGGCUACGUAAGCCCGAGAGGCACCACCCCUGGCGGUCGCCUCCUCCCACCGGGAAACCUCAAGGCCAAAGCAACGGGUCCCAGAAACAUCCGUCUGAACUGGGAUCCGCCACCGGGUAACCCCGUGGGAUACAAGGUGAAGUACUGGAUCUAUGGCGACCCUGAGAAAGACGCCAAGGUCCUUGACGUGAGGACGCCUCAAGCCGAGCUGACUAAUCUGUUACCCUUCUGCGAUUACGAGACACGAGUUUGUGCCUACAACUCAAUGGGAGACGGCCCUGACACCAACAUCGUUAGCUGUCAAACACUGGAAGACGCGCCCGGUGAACCAGGUCGUCUGGCCUUCAACGUCAUCAGUCCAACCGUCACUCAGCUCAGCUGGGCGGAGCCUGCAGAGACCAACGGUGACAUUACAGCUUACGAGGUCAUCUACACACCCAUCGAUGACGAAAUGAAACCAGUCGGAGGAGCCAAAAAAGUAAAGAUCGACAACCCAAAGAAACGAAUGCUGUUGAUAGAAAACCUCCAGAGCGCCCAGACUUAUCAGUACAAAGUCCGUGCCCAAAACAGUGUAGGCUGGGGCCCCUGCAGAGACGCUACCAUCAACUUGGCGUCACAGCCCAGCAGACCUAUGUCCAUUCCCAUCAUUCCAGACAUUCCUAUUGUGGACGCUGAGGCAGGAGACGAGUAUGACAGCUACCUGAUGUACAGCAACGAUGUGCUGAAGUCGCCAACAAGCUCCAAGACGCCAAGCGUUUCGGGUGAUGGCUGGCAGCAUAUCAAGCUGGUGGGGUCAAACCUGGAACUCCGUCAGGUGUCAUGGAAACAGCGAGUGGAGGUCAUCCCCAGUCGCCUCAGCACAGACACAGAGAUGAGCUCAGACGAGAAGCCCCACCCCAGCUCCUCCCACACGCCCCUGCCAGAUUACAUGUCGAACGGCAGGUGGGAACAGAACUUUCUUUUCCCUGGAGGCUCAACAACCCGCAACCUUUCAGCUUCAUCCUCUCCCAUGUCCACUCUGAGCUCCAACUACAAAGGCGGAGCGGGCGGCUCCUUCACCACAGAGAUGCACACCACCUACAUGACUGGGCCAGGAAGCCCCCGCAGACGGGACAUGAUCGGAGGGGGGAUCCACACGACCGAAGUCCUGAUGAGGAAGCGCUCAGAGAACAGAGGAUACACAGAUGAAAAUAUCCGGGACUCCAUCGUCAUAGGAGACGAUAAGUUCCCAGAUCUGACGCCAUCAGGUGGGUUCGGCUACGCUGGCUUGCAGAGCAGCUCUCAGACCCAGUACAGCUACAGCCUGUCUCAGGGCUCCAGGGCCAGGACUCAGUCAUCAGAGGUCAAUGAAGCCCUAUACAGCCUGGACAGAGUCCUCCAUGAUGCCCGCCUCUCUCCUGGCGUCCCAGACACGCCCAGCAGGCUGGUGUUUUCUGCUCUGGGACCGACCGCACUCAAAGUCAGCUGGCAGGAGCCACACUGUGAGAAAGACGUUCUGGGGUACUGCGUCCUCUACCAGCUGCUCAACGGAGGAGAGACGAAGCGCCUCAAUGUGACGAACCCGGCCGAGAACUCUGUGGUCAUCCACGACCUGCUGCCCAACCACUCCUAUCUGUUUAAGGUGAAGGCUCAGAGUCAGGAGGGCUGGGGUCCAGAACGGGAGGGAGUCAUCACCAUCGAGUCAGCUGUGGACCCCAAGAGUCCCCUCAGUCCCAUGCCAGGCUCGCCGUUCACCCUGAGUACGCCCAGCGCUCCGGGCCCGCUGGUGUUCACAGCCCUGAGCCCCGACUCACUGCAGCUCACCUGGGAAAAACCACGGAAGCCCAACGGGGACAUCUUGAGCUACAGGGUCACCUGCGAACAGCUACAUGAUGGAGGUGACAUGCGCUCCUUCAAUGUAAGCGGUAACAACGCUGAGACCAGUCUGACUGUCCCAAACCUGACCGAGAACGUCCCGUACAAGUUCAAGGUUCAGGCUCAAACCACGCAGGGUUUUGGUCCUGAGAGAGAGGGUAUCAUCACCAUUGAGUCUCAGGAUGGAGGUGCCUUGUCUCAGUACAACAGCCAAUCAGUGACAAGGAGGGACGUUUUCCAAAUGUCUCCAGAAAUGACCACAAGAACAAAUGUCUCCCACACCAUGAUCAACGAUCCCUACUUCUCAGAUGGGAUGAUGAUGACUCAGUUCACGGAGACGGGCAGCAUGGUGAGCCGUCAGGUCACUCGGGAAGUGGUUCAGAGGAACGUCACAGGAGCAUCCACCGUCACAAAGAGAAUGUUUUAUGAGUCUUAGGAACUUGUGUGAGCGAUGCUCAUGAUAGCAUCCAGCCUGAGAAUUAAUCACAAAGCCAAAGCGCAAAAAAGUGUUUCAGAGUUUGUACAUGUAUGUGUGUAUAGGGUAAGACUGCAACCAAAUAAAUCAAAUUGAAAGUAAAGGCUACUUUUUACUGUUACAAACUGUGGUCACCUUCUUUUUCCCCAUAGUUUCCCACUUUUUUGUAGUUCCUGUUUUCUUUCCCUAGAGUUUAUAACUUCAUGUGAGAGUAGUCCCUCUGUUGGCUGACAUCCGCUAACACACCAGCCUUAUAAAGAAGUUAUAUCCCAAACAAUGGCUCAAUAAUCCAAAAUAACAUCCAUAUCCUGUCAUCCAACUUUCAUCUUAAAAUUUAAAUGUUUGAAAGGUUUAUCUUUACUGUCACUGUGGAAUUUUAAAGGGCUUUUCUUUAUAAAUUAUUAUAUUAAAGUGUGUUUUUUUGUUUGUUUUUUUCAUUCAAGAUGUACUCAUACAUUUUCAGUUUUUACAGUUCUGGUUGUUUACAUCCGCACUAGCCGGUCGCAAGCCCAGGGCAUGCAUGAGUUUAACAAGGAAUCAGAAAUUAAACAUGUUUCUGCAUUUAAAAUGUCUGCACUUCAUUACAGCUGCAGUUUUAUGCAUUUUCUUUAUGUGGCUAAUUCAGCAUUGCUUUGGUUCAGUAGAUUAAUGGAAGACAUGAUACCAGAGAAAGUAUGUUUAAAGACAAAGAUUGUAUUUGCUUGCUGCAGGUUCUACUGUACUUUGGGUUCAUGAGAAAUUUUUUUUGGAAACAUUUUCAGAUUUUUUUUCAUAAAUAUACAGAUAUAAGUUGAACAGUUCAAACAAUUUUUACUUGGCAUGUAUCAUUCCCAUUUAAGCAGGUCCAUUUUUAAGCAUUUUUUGUACAUCAGUUAUAUUGCACUUAAUAAAGAUUUAUAUUAAAAACGAUGACUUCUUCUAAUGAC